UCACAUUCCACGACGUGUUACAACAGGGAGAGUUGCACUCAUUUUUCCAGUUUGACUGACAGCCUGAGCAGGAAAGUUUGUGACUCUCAUAAGAAUACCUGGUCUUUCCAGUGCCUGCCUCCUCUUCUCUGAACCGUUAAGGAACAGUGCCUGUGACCACCCGCCCCCCCAUCACCACCACCAACCCUUUUUUAAAGUUCCUGAUUUCUGUCAGUGUUAUUUUCUUUCUCUGCUGACCCCUGUCUCUCUCUGUCAAUAAGCCAGCCAUCUCGACGACACGUGGAAUUUUUCAUUAGCUUGCCCUGCAGCUGUUUAUUGCCUCUGCACUCUUUUCCACCCUCCCUCCCUCGCUCGCUCUCUCUCCCUCCCUUUCUCACGCUCUCGCCUUCCCUCACGUUCUCUCGCACUCUCUCGCUCCCUCCCUCUGUCACAGUCUCUCGCUCUCCCUCUGUCCCCUGUGCUGGUGUCUGGCUCUCCGUUAACCCGAGCGGGCAGCUUGGGAUCGGCCAAUGGCGGGGUCCUACACUGUGGUUAUCAUCCCCCUGCACAGCAACCUUCACAGUCUGGACGCUCUCCGCUUCUUCCUCUGGCUGAAGAGGCUGAAGGACCUGGAGCAGGAGAAGGACUGCCUGUGGGCCGGGCUGCAGGUCCUGGAGCAGGCCCGGCUGUGGUACGAGGGCCGGCUGCGGGAGAACCGGGAGAGGCAGUGCUUUGCCGGGGACGGCACGUGGGGCGAGGCGUUUCCUCCUGCGUGCUGCGGGCAUCGGAGUGGCCAGAGGAGCUGCCAGAAGCACAGGACUCCGUGGAUGCAUGGGAGUCUUCCGUCAUUUAAUGACAACCCUUCCAGAUCGUGUCUCCUCAGGUCUUGUGUUCAGAGGGUAAAUGGAAGUCUGGGUAAUCUCAUGUGUGACCCCAAAGUGGCUGCUGGCCCAUGCCCAGAAGAGAGGGCAGAUUCUAUCUCCAACCUCCGAUGGCAGAACACGUUGCUAAUACAGGAGGUGAGUGAUAAGAGCCGGGAGAUCUCCAGGCUGGAGGAGGAGAGAGACAGUCUUCUCCAGCAGCUCGGUGAGCUGCAGGCUUCCUGAUUGACCAGUCCACUCGGGGGCAUUAAAACCCGCUGCACAUACUUCUAUAUAUGCACAUUUUUUCCAUUGUGUUUAAUCAUCAGUUCUUCACUCACGAAAAGUGAGAAUAGAUAUUAAUUAUAGCACUACUGGCAAGCAAUGAGUCACAUUUCUAUCAGGGUUUAUCUUUAAGUAACCAUUGUAUAUACGUCUAUACGUAAAGAAAAAUUAUUUGAUUACAUACUGUGUAUACAAGGAUUUUCAUUAAUAUAACUGGGAUGUGCUUAUUAAAUGUUAAAAAAAUACCAAAUGUCUGGGGGCCUAUUAAUAUUUAUUUAUGAAAGCUGUAAACAUAUACUAUAUCAGCAUUGGUUUUGUUUGGCAGAAUCCUGUACCAAGCAGAUUAUCCUUUGAGAAUCAGAAUUUUGUUUCAUUUUGUGCCUCCAGUGGUAUCAGCUUCCAUGGUUUUGCCUGACCGGUGAUUUUGAUGUCCUUCACAAGUGAUUCUGAUCUUGAGACAUGUAGGAGAGAAGUGUUGAAAUUGUCCCUAAUCACUGAUGGAAGAUCAGUAUCACUGUUUAACGCUGAAUGGUUGGAAGUUAAGAUUGUCGACCUCGAAGCUGAUCCUGGAUCUGUUGGCAGCAACUCCAGGACAACAACAGAACAGAACAGAUGCAUUGUGGGAAACCAAAUAUUUGUAAUGGUGAAUCACACACAGUAGAUGGCAGCAGUUGCCCAACUUCAUGCACACAAACGUGUGAUGCAUGAGUAUAUGCUAAAAGUGGAAUUCAUGCACACAUAUCAUCCCAGAUGCAUAUAAUUUAUAUGUUGACAAUGUUUUGAUGUUU